GAGCUCGAUGACAUUCGCAAAUCUGGGAUGAAGCAUUUCCGCAACAUUCAGGUGGACGAAUCGAAUAUUCUGACCUGGCAAGGGCUCAUUGUUCCUGACUGCGCCCCUUACGAUAAAGGAGCCUUCCGGAUCGAGAUCAUCUUCCCGGCGGAGUACCCCUUCAAGCCCCCCAAGAUCACCUUCAAGACAAAGAUCUACCACCCCAACAUCGAUGAGAAGGGCCAGGACUGCGCCCCGUACGAUAAAGGAGCCUUCCGGAUCGAGAUCAUCUUCCCGGCGGAGUACCCCUUCAAGCCCCCCAAGAUCACCUUCAAGACAAAGAUCUACCACCCCAACAUCGAUGAGAAGGGCCAG